AUGGCCAGCGCAGUGGGCAGUCUCACCAUCACGCUGGCCAGCAUCACCAGCAGCAGCUCCAGCAAAGCGCGGCGCAGCGGCCAGUGCAGGGACCAGGACACCAACAGCACAGGGAGGAGUGUCAACCAUUUUUCUUGGGCGCUUUGCUCUUCUGAUCCAUUUUCGGCCUCCUCGCUCCCGCCAUCAUACCACCCGCUGCAUCGCCAUCUUCAGCGCCAUCACGAGCAGCGCUACGGCGUGAAUCACCACCACCACCGGUUGCAGAAUGAGCAGCAGAUACACCAGCAGCACCCCCUGCAGCGUGUCUCUUACCAGCAGCACGUGUAUGCCCCUCAGGGCCUGCAGCAGCGAUAUUCGCUCAGUGUGCCUCAGCCGCCGUUAAUACUCGAGAACCAGCCGCCGCCCCCACUGCUCCAAACUGCCCAUCAACAGGCAUUACACGCAGCCGCAGCUAAUUUACCAGAGACCGCAGCAUGUGCAACAACUUCUCCCGUACCUAGCUCAGCAGCAGUAUCCUUUGCCGCCGUUUUACCAGCACCAGCCUGCGUCUGCGGCAGCGUCCGUGAACUUCCUACGGACAAGGCGUGUGACAAAACACAGGAUGGUGUGCACAUACACAUGCUUGCGCUGGUGAGUGUGCCGGCGCCGUGUCGCUUCUGCUUCGAAUGUCACACGGGCAUCUCCGUCAACGAGUGUAUUCGGGUGAGUUUCCUCUUUCCGCAGCAGCUUAUAGGUCCUGCGCUGAUGCUGCUCCUGCUGCUGCAACAGUUCCCAUGCUGUUACUGGAUAUCCAUCUUCACUGGAGAGAGCAAAAGAGACAGGACAGGGGCGAUGCAGAGCAGCGCAUCUUGUGGGCAUAUGCACUGCAACUGCCGCACCCUAUGCCUGUGCGGGAACAUUAAGCCAUGGGCUUCUAACUACAACGUCUUGAACAGUAAUGAGUGGACCUCGGACACAUACCAUAUGGGGAGUAUGGAAGUCCCCUAUGGUGUGUGGCCUUCAUCGAGCCACGCACUCCUGUCUCUCAUCGUUGAGACGUGCCGAAUCGGACCCUCAUCGAUCUCCGACUCGCGUGCGGCCUACCAAUACUUGCAGCCUUCGCACUGUUGGCACUUGUCGCAGCGGACGGUACGACAGGCUCUGGAGCGGCUGCUAGGUGUUAAAAUGCCUCUGGACUCCUCUUUGUGUCGCAACCAAGGCGGCGACCCUCCAAGCGCAAACAGCCGAGGGCCUACUCCACCGUCUCAGCAGGGCCUAGUAGAGGAUCUCGAGCAUGGAGACGCCACACCAGCUAUAUUGCUUGCCUCCGCAUCGGCCGCUUCUGCCUCGACAAGCCCCGCCGACUUGUCUUUAACGCCAAGACGUUCACUCUCGUUACAGUCGGAACAACAAGGCAGCACCAGCAGCGGUCCAGUAACAGCCCGCGAACGCGCUGCAAGUACAGCAGAUCGGCCUGACACAGUCCAUGGCCGCAGCGUGUACGUCGCAAAUAUCGUGCCAGGAACAUCCAAGGAGGCCUUGAAGUCAGCAAUAGACCUUGUGCUGGAGAAUGGGUGCGUCCUCGCAGUUGAAAUGCGGGAGCGCAGCAACAUGCAGCCGUACGCCUUCGUAGAACUCUCGACUCUACAGGCCGCGUACGAGCUGGUGCAGCAUAAGAAAACUGCCCUUGUCGUUCUCGACCAGCAGCUAAAAGUCCAAUUCAAGAAAGUAGGCCUGACGUCCUCUCUCUCUUCAUCUUCCCUGUCCAUCCCCUCGUCGUCCUCUUCUCCUUCCGCGUCUCUCUCUCUGUCACCUCGGUCCUGCUGUUGUUGUUGCUGUUCACGUCAAAGUCCAUCAUAUAUCGCACCGGCCGGGACGUGUGCGGAUCAUCAGGCACUUCUCCCAAGAACCCACGGCAACGUCGGGGCGGACGUUGGUGAUCGUGCUCCGCACUCGCAGUCACAGCCGAGGCACGUAAUGGCAGCCAGCUGCAGUCACACCAGUCACGUGUGCUGCAGGGGCACACCUGCUGCACCACCUAGACAGGCACAAGCAGCGGAUGUGCAACACAUGCGGGUAGUGGCUAACGGCGUACCAACCACUGGUGGUGGCAAAGGAGGCUUGACGCAGUGUCCAACAUCUGCGGCGGAGUUGGUAGCAGGUAAAGCCUCUUCGACAUGCAGCAGCGACAGUAGUGCCAAGUCCGAUGGCUCCGCUUGUACGAGCUGUUGCUGCAGGCAGAUGUACUGCAUGACUACAGGUAGCCCAAUAGCAGCAGCAGCAGCCGGCAGAGGCAGUUGCUGUCCUUGUUUCGUGUCCUCAGCUGUAGCGUCUACAGAAGUUGAGAGCAUGUUCCUCCGAUUACGGCCCUUCAUUGCGACGGGCGAAUCAGUGCUAGAUGUCUGCCGUGCAGUCUCGCACAAACUUGCUCAGGACUAUGGCUUACCAGUCCCCCUGCAGCUGCAGCCUCAUUCCGCCGCUACUGCUAGUAUCGGACAAAGCUGCAGUCAAAACAGCGAGAGCCUAGUUCAGGCCGCCACAAGCAUCCAGAGCCACUCUUCGGCGUCUAUGAACUCGGCCGCCCCUCCCCAGCUGCAGCCGUGUCAACCGUUCCCCGUGCCUAAAGACAACCUGAGCACCUGCGGCACAGCCACUGAGCAAGGGAGCAGCAGUAACAGCAGCGGCACAGGUACAGACCACCCCAGCUCGCCCCGCCUCGGCGGCGACAUUGAGUUACGUUUCGCCGCACAGCCGCAGAAGCAGCUGGCGCCCUCGAAGGAGCAGCACGUAAACCCCCCACACCCACGGCAGCAAGACCAAGCCGCCAACAGUCCUUCGCCUCCCCGGGUACAAAUGGAGGAGCCCGGGCAACAGCGAAGGGCUGCGGAGGGACACCGAGACCAGGCGAGCCAAGAACAACUGUGCGAAAACGCUGCCCACACUCCUUCCCAGGCGUCAGAUGGGCUGUCAGUAGGCCGUGCUAGUUGCGCGACAAAAAGCGAUACCCUUGCGGCGCUGCAGGUGCCAAUCAAAUGUACCCGCAGUCCAGAUGGCAGCGGCAGCUACCAGUUACUGCCAGCAGAAGCCGGAGCGCAUGCAUCAGCUGAAUCCGACCGUGCGGCGAGACAAGUUGAAAGCGGAGCGGGUAACAUGUCGCUCGCAGCUGACGCGCGUACGUUAGCUGUGACGACAGCAUCAGGUUCCGCGUCCGGGAAAGACGCUGCGGGACACGCAGGAGCAACGGUAGCGCCGGAAGCAGCGUCAGCAAGAGCAGAACCCGAGACACCGGAACCAGUGGCCAUAGCAACUAGCGGAGGGCCGCCCGCGACAGCAACUGAAGCUGCAGCGUCGUCACUACCACCGGCACAGCCCGGUGUGCACAGUGCCUGUGACGUUCAGAGAGGCACAGUUGCAUGCAGAGGACGUUGCUCGAAUGCAGACGUUGCACGGAUUUUCAAAGAAAAGACCUACUGCAGCGGUAAUCCGCAGCUUGAGAGCAACUCAGCGCUGGACAGACCUUCCCCGUGCAGCAGGGGCAGCAGCAGCGAGGAGGAAGAAAGGCAGCAGCAGCAGGAUUUACAGAAGUUGCUUGCACUGCGGCAGGGCCAGCAGGGAGGCACCUCGGGACAGCAGCUGGUUGUGGACUCCCACCAACCUCUUCAGCCGUAUCCAGGGGGUGCGCAAGACGUUUUUCGCAACAGCUAG